UAUUUUAUCUGUAUCAAGCUAGUGUCACGCUAAUCGCUAUUUUGUAGUAUCCAUGAUUACAAUUGGCAAACGUUGUGGGGAAUACCAAGUGAAUUAUUGGUGAUCGAUGGCAAAUUGACCGUUUCCGUCCCUAAACAUCAACGGGUUGCGUGUUCCCGUAGUUCCUGGUGACUCAUCGAGGCUCUAUAUAUAUUUGUCACCAUGGACACAGAUGAUGGAGAAUCCUCGAGCAGUGGGCCUAUGUCCAGUUUAAAUAGCCUGUUCUCGUUUACAAGUCCCGCUGUAAAGAAACUUCUUGGCUGGAAGCAGGGUGACGAGGAAGAGAAGUGGGCAGAAAAAGCGGUUGACAGUCUGGUCAAGAAGCUGAAGAAGAGGAAGGGGGCCAUCGAGGAACUGGAACGAGCUCUGUCCUGUCCGGGGACACCCUCCAAGUGUGUGACCAUACCACGAUCAUUAGACGGGAGGUUGCAGGUCUCCCAUCGCAAAGGCUUACCACACGUUAUAUACUGCAGAGUGUGGAGGUGGCCAGAUCUCCAGAGCCAUCACGAGCUCAAGCCGCUCGAGAUAUGCCAGUAUCCGUUCAGCGCGAAGCAGAAGGAGGUAUGCAUAAAUCCUUACCACUACAAGCGUGUCGAGAGCCCGGUGCUGCCGCCGGUGCUGGUGCCGCGGCACUCGGAGUUCGCCCCCGGACAUUCCCUGCUGCCGUUCCAGAGGACCUCCGAACCGGCCAUGCCCCACAACGUUUCCUACUCGGGUUCGGGAUUCCCGCCAUCAGCGACGUCAGAAUUACCUGACACUCCGCCCCCCGCGUACUCCCCUCCCUCCGACGAUUCCGAACCUCCAGGCGAAGUCGCCCCCGUCUCCUAUCAAGAACCUCUCUACUGGGCUUCCGUAGCCUACUACGAGCUGAACUGUCGAGUUGGCGAGGUGUUCCACUGCAACUCCCACUCGGUGGUAGUGGACGGCUUCACGGAUCCGUCGAACAACAGUGACAGAUUCUGUCUCGGCCAGCUCAGCAACGUGAACAGGAACUCCACCAUCGAGAACACGAGGCGUCACAUAGGGAAGGGGGUACACCUGUACUACGUGGGCGGCGAGGUGUACGCGGAGUGUCUGUCGGACGCCGCGAUAUUCGUUCAGAGCCGGAACUGCAACCACCACCAUGGCUUCCACCCCUCCACCGUGUGUAAAAUACCUCCGGGGUGUUCCUUGAAGAUAUUCAACAACCGGGAGUUCGCACAGCUGCUGUCACAGAGCGUCAAUCACGGCUUCGAAGCCGUAUACGAGCUGACCAAGAUGUGCACUAUAAGGAUGUCGUUCGUGAAGGGCUGGGGGGCGGAGUACCACAGGCAGGACGUCACCUCCACGCCCUGCUGGAUAGAGAUCCAUCUCCACGGCCCGCUGCAGUGGCUGGACAAGGUCCUCACUCAGAUGGGCUCCCCGCACAACGCCAUCUCCUCGGUGUCUUAGCCGACCGCGGCCUAUUCCUCGGUUCGUCCAACACAACAUGGUGCAUUGCGGUUUCGGUUUCCUGGUGAAUUCAAAUCUCGAUGAUGGUAUCACAGCGCGCAGCCAGUCACCGGCUCUCAUUUCUAUCAGUGUAUUCCACGCGCGCGAAUAUUUCGAAAUUCUAGCUCAAAUGAUGUGUCCAACGUGAAGAUAGGUUUAUAGUAAGUGUAUCGAUAAAGACGUGCGGCAGGAGGCGGUGGACGAGGGCGACCAGCUCGCCCCGGACGUGACUCCUGUAAUGACAUGUAAAGCUUCUAGUUAUAAAGAAAUGCAAUUUUUUUUAUUAUUUUUGACUAACAUUUACAUAUUGUAAGAGUUAUUGGGGCGUCUCGGUACCGUUUUGAUCGAUCAUUAGAAAUUUUUGAAAAAAAUAAAAUGUAUAAGAUUGUGUGGCAAGUUGGGAUCGGUGUAAAUAAUUACUUCUAAAGUCUCACUGAGAACUCGAUAACGGUAGGUCUAGUUAGCGGUAAGGGAUCAUGUGUUCUAUGUUGUUAUAGUAGAAAUAAUGAGCUGUAUGUAUAUGGAUAUGAUGUGUUGGUGUGGAGGAGACCAAGUGUAAGAGAAGAUAUUCCUUACCUUUGAGCUUACAUUUAUUUGACAUGGCCCAUAAUGUGGAUGUGCCAUUUUGAUUAAAUUAUAAAAAAAACAUAUAUAAAGACGAAGACAUAUUUUAUUAUUUGGAUAUUAAUUGUUUUUUUGUUGUAAGAUUGAUAUUUUUUUUGAAUUGUACAUUUUGUUACGUCUAUGUUUUUGUUGGUCUGCGGUCGAAUGGAAAUUUAAGAGAGGAAUUAGAAUAAAAAAUAUAUUGACUUUUAAACCAAAUUGGGACGGCACGGAAAGUAACAAUGUUUAAGAUGUGAUUGAUCUCAAAAUAAUAAUAAGUACGCUUUAGUUCCUUCUAAAGAAUCACUGUAGCGUGUCCCUAACAACUUACAAUGAUAUAACUAACGAGGAAAACAACAUUGUCCGCUAUACAAGAAUUAUUACUACAGAGAAGUAAUGCAAGUUAUUUGGCCUUAGUGUAGUGUGUUCACAGCUUCUAACUGAAUAUUCCUAUAGGAGAUAUGUAUUGAAUUGUUGCCCUCAUAUUAUACUUAUAUACAGCUACAGUAAAGAAUUGAAUCUGGUAUAUAUAAGUCUUGAAUCGUGCAAUCUGAUUGGUAAUGGUCCUACUGGUAGGCCCGCCCCAGUGACUAGCUAUCCAUGAAGUCUAACUAUUCUUAAAACCUCCACGGUCAGUGACAGACAUUUAUAAUAAACAUGUAAUUAAGAGACAGUUAAAUGAUAAUGUUUUAUAUACAGUGUAGUUGACUGUGUUAAUAAUAAAGUUAUGUUGGGAAUAGUUUCAGCGGUAGGUAGAGCCUUUGUUCACUUAUAUAUUCAAUGAUGUGCCUUUGUAAGCCGGUCUGCCUUACUCCUGGUUUGUAUAUUUUUAAUGGAUGUAACUGUGCCUAGGUCUACGGAUGCCUUAUUUUGAAUAUGUCAUUGAUAUACAGGGUUAAUGUUAACCGGAGCUCGUUACUCCCAGAGUAGAUUGUUGACAUUGAAUACUUUUAUAUUCAACACUUUGAAAGUCCAAUGAUUUAUAUUAAUUAUUAAAGUUUUCCCCCAGAGAUGAACUAUUUAAGGAUAUUUUAAUACGAUUGUAUUUCAUGUUGAGGUUGAAUUCGAAUUAGACCAGUUAGUGUUAGUGAAUGUUAACGAUUACAGCGCGGCGUGUGAGUGAAAUACACCGAGUAUACUUCGCUGAUGUAUGCGAAGCGACAAGACACGGGAGAUUCUAUAAGUAUUGGAUUGUAUUUACAUCGAAAUACACAUAUACAGAAUAUUGUAUGCCAUUGUAUUUAUUGAUGUGGACUGCGGUUCAUCGAUUUUGUAUUAUUAUUAUGUAUAUGAAACGUAGUGGCUUGAUGUGUUCGUGGAAAUUUGUCGUUACUGCUUGUGUCCUCUGAUCCAUUUAUAUACACAAUAUUAUUAAUAUAAUGCAUAAAAACCUAACUUCAGACAUUUAAAAUAUAUUUCCUAAGUAACGUUUUUUCUGUUGUCACUUCAAACUGUCAAGGACACAAGUGUCAACGUCACAACGGAUGUAGCGUUUGUUUUUUUUUUAAUGUUUUGAGUCAUUGGUAGUUGUGAUGUUCGGAGUUCGGACGUGUGACCGCUCAGCCACGUAUAAUCGCUAAACAUACCUUAUUAUUAGUGUCAUAGGGUUUAAAUUUAAGAUGCAGCUUAAAUUAAGUUAUAUUUAAGCGCAAUAGAUGCCAUUGCUCUUGUAAUUUCUAUUAUGAAUAUUUUCUCCGUUUAGUACAUAAUAAAGUUUCUUUUAUGUA